CCAUGGAUGUGUGAAUGGGUUAGGUUGUCAUGUGGCAACCAGCAGAAGGUUACGAGUUAAAGAACUGGAUUAUUUGGUCAUCUGACUUUUCACGAAAAUGGUCGAAGUAGUAGCUGAAAGGAUAGUUUGUGACGGGGGCUGUAAAAUUAUGACAUUUUGAGUUGGUAUCAUCGGUAGUACUCGCUUUGCGGCGCGAGGAGAGGACGCCUCGCCUCACGUUUUCAGUUGUUAACUCGAUACUAUCGUCGGUGGAUGAGCAGCUAGCUAGAUCACGUAGCUUAGCCUCCAGCCAGUAAGAAAUCCUAGCGCAAGUUACUGGGUGGGAGGCACAGGUAGCCAGCUACCUAACUUCUCUUUUUCAUUUUUAAUUUCUUUUUUAGGUACAGGCAGUUUGCUGCUCCGGGGGGACUGGUUGGAUAGUACUCCUGUGAUGUCGUUUGUCAGAAAUAGUAUGACACAGUAUUAAUGAGUCAGAUAGCAGGCUUUUUGUAAUACGGUCCCUGCGUGGGUUUCCAGGUAGCGAGGUCUCGGGUACAGUAUCCACGUAGCGGCGUGUGAUACAGUUGUGUUUGCAAGUUUCCAGCUAGUACAGUGUGUGAUAUGUAUUUCUUUCCAUGUAGGACAGUAUGUGAUACAGUUUUCUGUGCAGGUUUCCAGCUAGUGCGUACACUCUGUACAGUGUUAUAGGGAUAUGUAUCGUUCAGUGUAGUAACACUGUGUGAGGUACAGUUCUCAUCGUGUGUAGGACACACGGUCUCAAGUUGCAUUUUAGAAGAACUUUUUUACAUGCAUUUUUGAUCUCAUUUCUAAUUAUGCUGAUUUAGCUUCAGGAUAUAUGGAUUAAGCCAGGAGAAAAUGACGUUUACGGGAGAAGGAGCUGAAGGAGGUUACCCGUUUGGACGUCGGAACCGUGGACUUUGGGUGUGCAGCUUGGGUGCUAUGGACAUCUUUGGGUUCUGAUAAGGACGGAUUGGACGCGAUGUCGUUUGUGUGUGGCGGACCAUGACUGAGCUAUUAGUAAUACUCGCUGAAUGUUUAUGAAACUUUAAAUGGUCCUAUUUCGAAUGUCGAACCGAUUUGUUUUUUGAAAAAAUCGGCAUCUGAGUAACAUUUUAAUGGAUUACCCUCACGUGUAGUCGAAUAAUUAAACUGAUGUACUGCUGUGGACAGCUAACGUUUUAGAGGUAAAUGUGUAGCCCCUAAAUGAGAAGUUUCACCUGCUAGUGCGACAGUUUGACCUGAUCUGACGGCACCGCUUCGCCGGGUUGGGCAUUGGAGAAGUUCAGAGGAGGGGAGACGGACGGAAGCAAACACGGAAGCCGGUGAAAAAUGGCCGGUGACUGCACCCACAACACUAAGUACGUUAAGGAUGAUGACAAUUUGGGCAGCAGACAUGCGCUGGUCACUAAAGGGGAGCCGGCGGGCGGUCCUGAUGCGGCUGAUGCCGUCAAGGAGAGCACGUCCAAAGACGCGACACUGUCGCCUUACUUCGAAGUGAUCGAUGGGGUGCUUUACCGCAAAAAGCUGGAGAAAGGAUACAUCCACUACCGGGAGGUCUUGGGCAAGGACAGGCGACUGAAAGCAAUCGCCACCUUUCACCAUAAGCGAGCGGGCAAGCGGCAUCACACCUUGGAAGACACCUAUAGACAUGUGGCGGAGAAUUACUGGUGGGAAGGGAUGUAUUUCCAGAUCAGGGAAUAUGUCACAGGCUGCCGGGAAUGUCAGAUGGAACAGGAAGGCCGAGAGAUGCCCGCCAGCUCGCUGGUCUCCAAGACGCUGACAACCCAUGCCAGCGACAUGCUGUGCAAGCUGAAAGGCCAGUGGGAGGAAGGUCUCUUCUGCGACAUCACCCUGCGUACAGGCAGCCGCUCCUUCUCCGCACACAGGGCCGUGCUGGCGGCCGUCAGCGAGUACUUCCAGGAAGUAUUUGUCGAGAUGGCCUCUUCGCCCAGCCCGCAGUCUGACAUCGACCUGACCGGUUUCAGCGAGGAGAGCUUCCUCUCCCUGCUUGAGUUCUCCUACACCUCAACCCUGUCACUGAAGCUGGAGAAUCUGGUGGAGGUCUCCACCAUGGCGCGGCACUUUCGCAUGUGGCCUGUGGUGGAGGCCUGUAGGGCGAUCCAGAGAGAGCAAGCUCUGGAUGCCUGCUCAGGGGGCUGCACGCCGGACUCGCCCAAGCCCCCGAGGGCCUUCACCAGCCCAAAUGACAUUGGCUCCCGGAAAGACGGCGUGCUUACUAAAAGGAAGAGGAAGUGCGGUGAGACUGAGGAGGGCGCAGCGGAGGAAUCGGGACCUUUCGUUAAACGGGUAACGCGGAGCAGAGGGCCACUCGACAUCCUGGAAUUACCCCAGGGUUCUGGGUCUGGGGGCAGUGAACGGACACUGAGAAUCAGCGCAGAUGGCAAUGGCUUCCCCUGCACCCCCACCCGCAGGCUGAAGCUCAUGGACUUCAAAUCCCCAUCCAAUAAGAGGAAGACUCCCCCACUCCGUCUCCCCGCCAGUCAGCCUCCUGUGCGUGUCCUGCGCUCCUCUCCCGCAUCAGGACAGCGGGCACCGCACCUCGAGGCCGACACAGUGACGGAUGGAGGAGCCGCCAGCACCACCCUGCCUUCCCCCCGCUCCAGGAAGUAUAAGCAGAGACUUUGUUUCCCGCAAGCCAGCCAAGAGGGCACCCCAGUCAAGCAGGAGCCCCAGGAGGAGGAGGUGCAGAGCCCACGGACGCUGGAGAAGUACCGGCUUCUGAGCGUGCUGGGCCUGCAGAGGAAGUCCCUGCUGCCCAGCCCUGAGGAGCUCACCGGCUGGAGGCAGAAAAAGCGGCUGCGUAAGUUGAAAGUGGACAGCUACGCACUGACGACGCGCCGGAAACCGCGAGUCCCGGGCCUGGCGGGCGCCUUAAACUUGGAAGGAAGCGAGUCAAAUGGCACUCUGCUGCAGCGUGUUAUAAAGAUGGAGCCCCCCGACCCAGUUAGCCUGGAGGACAUGAGGCCUAGCAGCAUAGACCGCCCCCUGGUGGCCACUGGUGGGAAUACCCAAGGGCCAGUCACCCUGCCAAAGCAUAGUGAACUGAGGCGUUCUGUUAGGAUCAAAGCCCCCGCCAGGAGCACGGAGCUGGGCUCCUUUGUGCAGAUCAAGCCGGAAUCAACAGCCCUUCCCCUUUUGCCCCCAAGUACUGCCACACGUAGCCAACGCAGGGGGCAUCUUCCUGUGGAGCCCCUCUUCUCCUUGAAAGUGAAGAGGUCUGUGGUCAAGAGCUGCCCUGUGGACCCACGGAGCACCCGGGUGACCAGGAGGACAGUCAGGGAUGCCCGGCAUGGCAGGCGCCCUGCACCAUCGAAGGCCAGGAUAGGCCGGGACCGAGCACGCAGUCACAAGAGGAAAGAGGUGAAAGCCAGAGCAGUGGCACCCCAUGUGGAAGCCCCGCGCAAAGCCGCCAGGCUGACAGAUGGAGUGGCGAAUGUCAGGAGUGUCCCUGGGACCAGCGGGCUCAUCCAGCGGCCCCCGGCCGGUCUGCUGAGGGCUAUCAAAGAUGAGCCUGCCGACCCCGUGCCUGUCUGCAUUCCCACUGUGCCGGAGCUGGGCAAACGGCAGAGCAAGCCCCCGGUGAAGCUGCUGGAUCCCGGCUUCCUCUUCACCUUCUGCAGGCCCAUCGGUGCCAUCAAGAAGGAGGAGGAGGAACGUGUGGACAUCUGCUUGACGGGCUCCCUCAGCCAGCCGGUGAACCCCAGCAGCCCAGUGCGGCGCAUCCGGAGCACGGCGGACAUCGCUGGACGGACCAGGGGCGCCAUCCGGGAGGCCCGUGCUGCACGCCGACGUGCCCGCAGCCUGAAGCAGGCCGAAAUUAGCACUGCUGUGUCUCCAUCCUUGCGGAGGCGCUCUGGGCCAGAGGGGUCGACCUUGAACGGCUUCCGCGGAUCGUCUCUGGUGAGGCCAACGAGCACCAAGGGGAGAGGCGAACAACCAAAGAAAUGUCUCAGGCUGGCCCCCCUGCAGAGCCGGCGAUCCGCGCUUCUGGACUCGAUCCGGCGGGCUCGGCUCAAGCAGCUGCGGCAGGCACGUGGCCACGCCCCUGUGACAUCACACACCUGCUUCCAGUGCAAGGUCACCUACAGGAACUGUGACGUGCUGAUCAUGCACCGCAUCCGGCACAUCGAGGGCAAGCACUGGCCCUGUCCCCUGUGCAGCAAGACCUUCUUCAGGCAGCGUAACGUUCAGAGCCACAUCCGUACGCAUGACCACAAACUCUACAAAUGCCACCGCUGUCUGUCCGCCUCCUGAUUGUCGGCCCCCAGCCGAGGGGGGCGGGGGGGGUGGGGGUGUCUCUCCGUAUCCUGAGGAUGAUUUUUCAUGCCUGGGCAGGUUUUUUUUUUUUUUUUUUUUUUUUUUUUUUCCUGCGUAACCAAAACUCAAGCUCACUAACCAUUUGAUCCGGCACUUUUUUGUUUCCUUGUAAUGAUUUAAUCUCUGUUUUUCAUUACCUACCUUACUGACAAAGGGCCUCUCGCAGGAUAUUUAUCUCUUGCCACAUUACUAUGGACAGUUUCUGGAGUAAAUUUUUGAAUGAAAUGAUUGUAAAUCUGCGUUGCCCGUCAGAGAAGACAGUAAUGGUAAAAUAAUAGAUGUAAUUAUUCUUAUUGUAAUUAUUAUUGUUGUAAUUUAAAUAAACAGACUAAAGAUACUGUUUCGCCUUUGCCUUUAGGUCACUACAAAGGUUAAACUUGAACUGGUUAUUUUGUCGUAGGGACUGUAGAAGAUGGUCAGUAUGAAAUGGGUGGCCGCGGUCCCUGUUUUUUGUGGGCCAGUCCCAAUUGCACUUGCACGCGAUGCCGUGUCGUGUCUUUUGGUCGUCCGUGGUGAAAUGGUGCAGAUUUUUGCACCAGUCUAGAAAUACUUGAAGGAUGAACUUCAACCUGUGUGUGUUCUGUCUUCGCGUGUGAUGGUGUCGGCGGGGAAAGAGAGAGCGCUUUAGCGCAAACCGAGACGUCAGCCAUUUAAAGGGAAACUGGCGGGUCAAGCUACGGGAGUAUGGUGGUUCGCUUUUUACAUCGUAACUGAAACACAACCCUUUUCUUAAACUGAAACAGUUGUCGUUUGCUUUUUUUUAUUAUUUAAGAGGCUCCAUAUUAUUUAAAUUGUAGCAUUUAUGGAGAUUUUUAAUAUUUAGAAUGUGGAGUUACAAUAUGGAAGCACCCUUUUAGAUGUCUUAACUGUAAAGAGAUGAAAUUGAAAUUUUAAUAAAUUUUGCAUUUUACACA